AUGAAGGUCUUAACGCUCCUGCGAAGUAACAUUCUCCUGAUCGUCACAGUCCUCGCCGUAGUCGUGGGUGUGGUAGUUGGGGUAAUAUGUCGACAGUUCACCCCGACGGAAGAAACCAUCCGUCUUGUGAAAUUUCCAGGGGAGUUGUUCCUGCGGAUGCUGAGGCUGCUGAUGUUACCUCUGGUAGUGGCCAGUAUGAUUACAGGCCUGGGGAGCAUGAAGGGAGCUGUUGCUGGAAGGAUUGGUUUGCUGGCUAUGUUGUACUAUAUAGCUACUACUGUUAUUGCGCUGCUGAUAUCACUGGCGUUGGUACACGCCAUCAAACCAGGCAGUAACUCUCCAACCAAAACCAGAGACAUUACUCAAGCACAAGAAGUAAGGACAUCUGGCACGGACAUGGUUUUGGAUGCCAUCAGAAACGUCUUCCCUGACAACAUUAUUGGUGCCGCCAUUCAGCACACCAGAACCAUAACAACCGAUUUUGAUACAAGAUUAGAAUUGACCAAUGCAAGUGUAAAUGGAGAAAAUGCUGCAUUAAACAUGACAAGAAGAGGCCCGCUGGUGCUGAAGAAGACAGUUGUUAUGGGAGGCAUCAAUAUUGUUGGUAUACUGACAUACUCUGUGGUCUUUGGGGUAUUUCUCAGCAGAAUGGGAAGACAUGGAUCCGUGGUACUACGGUUCUUCAAUGCCAUCAACACCAUCACUCUGAAUAUGAUUCAACUAGCUAUGUGCUCCGCCGCCCUGCCAGUGACAAUACGGUGUAUGGAGAAGAAGUUGAAAGUGUCCCACAGCAUCAGCAAGUUUGUCCUUCCUAUAGGGGCUACAGUCAACAUGGAUGCUGGGGCAAUAUAUUAUGUUUGUGCGCCUGUGUUUAUCGCUCAGUACAGUGGAGUCAGCCUUUCGGUGACGAAUAUAAUCAUAAUAAGUCUGAUAGCUAUCCUGGGCAGUAUCGGAGCAGCUGGGGUUCCAGGGACAGGCAUCACCGCUCUGCUGCUUGUUCUGAACGCUGUGGGACUUCCAGACACGGGGAUCUCGUACUUGGUCACCAUUGACUGGUUAACGGAUCGCAUCCGGACUUCGGUGAACGUGGCUGGAGAUUGUCUGGCAGUUGGCGUUGUCUCCCACUUCACCAAGAAAGCAUUUGCCAAAUCCACUGUCCUUUCACUAGAGGAGCAAGAUGAAGAUUCGAAUUCGUGUGCGAAUGAGAAUGACAUAAUAGUCCUGUAG